GUCCGGCGUCCAGUUCCGGACCACACCUCCGCCAUCUCUCGGAGCUGCUAUUGGUCAAAAGUGCGUAGUGAGCGGUACCUUUUCACGUUCAUUGGUCAGUUGUUAGCAAUAAUGCAAAACCACAUGCUCCCAUUGGAUAAUGAUGAUUCAGAGUGGGCGAAGCCUCUGGGAGACAGUUGUGCUGGCUUUCAGGAGCUCAGCUCAGGACCCUGUGGGAGAAGGGUCACCUACGGAUAUUUGGAAGAAUAAAGAAUUCUUGUCCCAUAGAGCGAUGACCACGCCUGCGGGCUCCGGUAACGGCUUCGGUACUGUGUCCUGGUGGGGCCUCUCCCCAGCGCUGGACCUACAAGCUGAAAGUCCUCCUGUAGACCCAGAUUCACAGUCAAAAACAGAGCACAAGAUCCCAGAGCUGGAUGCCCUGCUAUUAGGUUCUGUGGAUGGGAGACACAUGCUGCGGACGCUGGCCAGGGCGAUGCUCUGGCCUCUCAGGAGGUUCAAUUUUUAUGUGCUGGAGAAUAAUCUGGAAGCUGUGGCCCGACACAUGCUGAUCUUCAGUCUAGCCCUAGAGGAGCCUGAGAAGAUGGGACUCCAAGGUCCUGAAUUGGUGCAGUUUGCCAAGUCUCCCUCCAUGUUUCAUCCUUCCUACCUCUCUCCAGAGCGGAGUGAGACCUUCCUGGAGCUGUGGGGGAACGCGCUGCUGCGACCCUCCGUUGCUGCCUUCCUGCGCGCCCAGGCUAGUCACCUGUCUAAUCUGGUUCCGGAGCCUGAUCGCCUGGAGGAGUUACUACCCUGGCUUAGCCUUCGGCCGCUCAAGUUCCGGGAGCGGGAUGCCCUGGAGGCUGUGUUCCGCUUCUGGUCAGGUGGGGAGAAGGGACCGGAAGUCUUCCCCAUGAGUCGCCUUUGGGACUCGAGGUUGCGCCACUACCUGGGUUCCCGCUACGAUGCCCGGCGUGGUGUUGCCGACUGGGACUUGCGUAUGAAGCUGCAUGAUCGAGGGGCUCAAGUCAUCCAUUUCCAUGAAUUCCGACGCUGGCGGGACACUGGUGUUGCCUUCGAACUCAGAGACUUGAGUGCUUACCACGUGCCCAACAGGACCAUGGCUUCCGGUCGCCUCCUGAGCCACCGUGGGGAACGCGUGGCUGCGCGCGGAUACUGGGGGGACAUCGCCACGGGGCCCUUUGUGGCUUUUGGCAUUGAGGCGGACGACAAGAGUCUCUUACGGACGAGUAACGGACAACCGGUCAAGACCGCGAGCGAGAUCACGCAGCAUAAUGUUACAGAGCUGUUCCGAGACGUGGCCGCCUGGAGGGGCCCGAGAGCCAUUAAGGGGAACGUGGAGGAGACAAAGUCGCCAGAGCCAGAUGCACCUGCUCAAGAACCCUUCACUAUCCACUUUCUGCCUCUGGACUCUUCGCAGACUCUCCAUCAUAAGACUUGCUACCGGGGCCGGUUCCAGCUCCUGUAUGUCUCCUGUGGGAUGAUCCAUCUUCUCAGCCCUGAGCUCGGGGCUUGCGUGGCCCCUGGAGGGAACCUGGUUGUGGAAUUAGCUCGGUACUUGGUGGACCUGCGGCCCAAGGAGUUGAAAGCAUUCUCUGACCGUGUUGUGGAGAUAGCGCAGGCGGCUGGGUUCGCCCCUCAUACUGGAACCAAACCCUCCGAGACCUUUGCACGCUUCUACAAGUUAGGGGACUCUACUCGGGGUGGCGGAGACUCAGCUGUGGAAUCUGGACCCGUGCCCUCUAAAGUUCUGGCUCCUACUCCAGAAUCGAUAAACCCACCCCAGGCUGACCAGGCCCCAUCUCUAGAGGUGAUGAGCCCUCCAAAGGUUGACCAGACUCCGCCUCUAGAGGCUAUGAGCCCACCCGAGGCUGACCAGGCCCCUCCUCUAGAAGCAAUUAGCCCAUCCCAGACUGACUCAGCCCCUCCUCUAGAGGCAAUGAACCCACCUCAGACUGACCAGACCCCAUCUCUAGAAUUGAUGAGCCCACCCCAGACUGACCAGACCCUGCCUCUAGAGGAAAUGAGCCCACCCCAGGCUGGCCAGUCCCCAUCUCUAGAAUUGAUGAGCCCAACCCGGGCUGACCAGACCCCUUCUCUAGAAGCAAUUAGCUUAUCCCAGGCUGACCAGGCCACAUCUCUAGAGGCGAUGAGCCCACCCAGAGCUGACCAGAUUCCACCUCUAGAGGCGAUGAGCCCACUUCAGGCUGAGGUAGUCCUGCCUCUAGAAGCAAUCAGUCCUCCCCAAGCAGACCUGGCCCCUCCUCCGGAAGUGAUAAGUCCAGUCCAGGAAGCUUUGGCAAUGUCCUCGGCGAUUGCACCUCUAAAACAUGUAACAUGAACCGCGGGGACCAAGAAUCCUACCUUUAACUGCUGAAGCAGGCUCCAGGACUGACACCAGCUCAGCCCACUGUUUUACUCUGCGUUCCUUCUCAACCCCAGUGAUAUAACUAGAAUUUCAAAUUCCUUUCCUUGAACUCUCAGUUCUAGUCUUUUUUGGGGUGUGUGUGUCUUAGAUCAUAAUCUAAGAUUUAUCCUGACAAGAAUCCCAGGCCAGAGGUACAACCCUGGGCUCCACAUCCUCUUUUGCCUUGGGCCUUUCUUGACAUGCUACUGUUGGAGGGACAAGGACAUAUCCUCCCUUGGAUGCGGUUCAAAUAAAGAGCGCAGGGUCA